AGCAGGGGCAAAAUAGGAAAUUCAUAAUCAGCCAGUCUUCCAUUGCAAGAAGAAAGCUCUGCUUCAGCUUAGGUUGCUUAUAAACCCCAUCAAUCUCCUCUUCCCAAGGAAGAAUCUCCUUUUCUCUUUCACGUAUGCAUAGUUAUUUUCCUCACUCAAAUUUUUGAGUCUUUUUUCCUGGAUGAUUGCAGUGACCCUUCUUCAUUGUUCCCUAAUUACUUGUGACAUAAUCACAAACUUCUUGCCCCAAAUUUAAGAUUCAAUCAAGAAGCCCCAUUUUACACUGCUUAAACAAACUACAUAGUUUUUUUUUCCACAAUUCUUGGCACCCCAAGAAAACUUCAGGGUUGAAAGUAAAAAGAUAUGGAAGUUGGAAAGGUUAUUAAUGAAAGUUCUAACACGACUAAUACUGUUUUGGUUCCAAGUGAAAAACUUUCUCAUUGUCUCUGGAUGUCCAAUUCUCCCCCCUCUUUCCUUGGUUCUGCAUCAAUGGUUAAUUUUGAAGAUGUUGGCCGAGGAGAAUUCACUAAAGAGAGGGCAUUUUUCCCAGCAAUUGACAAAGAAGAAGCUAGCAAUGAUGAUUAUGAUAGUUGUUAUCACCAGCCAGAAAAGAAGAGAAGACUUUUGCCUAACCAAGUGCAGUUUCUUGAGAAGAGUUUUGAGGUAGACAACAAGCUUGAACCAGAGAGGAAAGCUCAAUUGGCUAAUGAACUUGGCUUGCAGCCUAGGCAAAUUGCUAUUUGGUUUCAAAACAGGCGUGCUAGAUACAAGACUAAACUACUUGAGAAGGACUAUGAUGUUUUGAAAGCUAGCUUUGAUAAAUUGAAAGCUGAUUAUGACACCCUUUUCGAAGAGAAUGAGAAUUUGAGAAAUGAGGUCCAUUUGUUGACAGGAAAAUUGCAUAGGAGGGAGAAAGGGAAGGAAAACUCAAAACAAAGUGAACCAAUUAGUCCAAUAGAUGCAAAAGAAGCUCAAAAAGCAACUCCAAUUGUUGUUACCUCAGAUGUACCAAGUAUAACAAAGUUAGUGUGCAAACAAGAAGAUGCAACUUCAGCAAAAAGUGAUGUUAUUGAUUCAGAUAGCCCACAUUAUACUGAUGGGAAUCAUUCUUCAAAUGUAUUUGAACAAGAGCCAUCUGAUUUUUCUCAAGAUGAAGAUGACAAUCUAAGCAAGAGCUUUUUAUGUUUCCCAGAAAUUGGAGAUCAAAUUCAAGCUAAUUCAUGCAAUUUAAGUUUCCAAAUUGAGGAUCAGCCUUGUUGGUUCUGGCAAUAUUGAGUUUUUAGGUUUCAAGAUUUGGCACAACCCUACUUUAGUGUGCCAAAGCAACAACAAACAACGAAAUCAGUGUAAUUACACGAGUGGAGUCUGGAGAUUGUGGUGUGUACACAAUACGCAAUCUUAUUCUUACCUUGUGCAAAUAAAAAGAUUAUUUCCGAUGGAUCUUGGUACGAAAAGGAUUUAGCGUUCCAAGGCAUUUGCUAAAUUUCUUUGAAUAAUAAUAUGUUGUACAUAGGAUUACUAAGUACUUGUGAUUAGACUUUUCAUUAGUUUUGUUCCAAAAAAGGUUGUGAUUGGUCUUUUUUCUUUAGCUUAAAAACAAAUGGUACUAUUGCAACUUGCAAGUGA